AAAGCUUUCUCUGUCGUCGUCGUGAUCGCCGCCGCCGCCUCCGAGGAAGAAGAAGAGACAUGAGGUUGCUGCCGUUGGCCGCCGCCCUGGCCGCCCUGCUGGCCGCCUCGCACGCCUCGCUGCUCGAGGCCGCCGCCCUCGCCGCCCCCAGACACCCAAGGGCUGCGGUGCGUGCGGCGCGUUCAGGUACCGCGGCGCUCGAGUGGCGCUCGUGCGGCAGCAAAAAGGACCCGAUGCGCCUGCAGAAGCUGGAACUGCUGCCCAACCCUGUCAAGGUGCCGGGAAUCAUGCGAGCCGAAAUGGCCCUGCUCGUCAAGGAAGCCAUCCAGCCGCCCAUCAAGAUGUCGGUGCAGGUGGAGAAGGAAGUGGCGCUUCCGCUGGGCCUGGGCAGCACGUGGGUGCAGCUGCCGUGUCCGGGCGACUCGUGCUCGGUGCCGGACGUGUGUUCGCCGGAGCUGCUGCCGCGGGACGGCUCCGUGUGUCCGGCGCCGUCGCUGGACGGCCGCCCGGCCGACUACAACACGACAAGCGCGUGGCGGGCCUGCGCCUGCCCCAUCCCCAAGGGUUUGUACGCGAUGCCGCCGCUCGAGUUCAACUUGUCGAGUCCGGCGGUGCUGCUGCCCGACUACCUGCUCAACGGCGGCUUCUACGUCAAGAUGAAGCUGACGAGGCACAAGCGCCGCCUCGCCUGCAUCGAAACCCAACUCGAUCUCGACUUCUGACUCCACCCCCCAACCCUAACCCUAUUUAUUUAAUUGUUAGAGCACCCCAAAGACUCGUUCCGACAGUGGCUGUAUUUUAUUUUCACCUCAGACUUAAUAAUUAAUAAAAAUAAUGUGUUGCACUUAA